AUGUCGUUAAUAUCGUGGCAUAACAUUGAUGUUUAUAGUAAACCAUUGGCAGUAAUACCUGUUCCCUAUUUGAAAAAAUAUAAUAAACACCCGAUUCGUAUACUGAAUAAUGUUUCGGGUUAUGCAAACAGUGGACACAUGUUGGCUAUUAUGGGUGCCAGUGGUUCAGGCAAAACAACUUUAUUAAAUGUAUUAGCACAUAGAUAUUUACAUAAUUAUACUGUCCAGGGGACAGUUAUGUUAGACAAUAAUCUGGCAAAUAUUAAUCAAAUUAGAUCGAUAUCGGCUUAUGUUGAACAGGACUACCAAUUUAUCGGAACACUGACCGUUGCCGAACAUUUGGCAUUUCAUUCACAAUUACGUAUGAAUGGGUCAAUGUCGGCACUGGCCAGAGAUAGUCGUGUCAAACAAGUUAUGAGAGCUUUGGAUCUGGAUGUAUGUGCCAACACAAUGAUUGAAUCGCCAUUUACUGGUCAGCAAUGCAUUUCUGGUGGCGAAAGAAAACGAUUAGCAUUUGCUUUGGAAUUAUUAACUGAUCCGUCGAUUAUGUUUUGUGACGAACCGACCACCGGAUUGGACUCGUUUAUGGCGCUCAAUGUUGUCCAAGUGCUCCGUGAUAUGGCACAGUCGGGUCGGACAGUCAUCUGUACAAUACAUCAGCCGUCAUCUGAAGUGUUUGGACUGUUCAGUCAUUUACUAUUGUUAAUGAAUGGAGAGUUAGCUUAUUUUGGACCGAAAGAUAAAGCUUUAAACUAUUUUUCUAAGUUUGGCUACAUAUGUCCUAAAAAUUAUAAUCCUGCUGAUUUUUAUAUUAAACAAUUAUCUAUCUUACAAACUGGACAAUCAAUAAAUUAUAUCCAGACCAAUUGGUGGACACAAUUCAAUACACUUUUAUGGGUAUCAUUAUUAACAGCCAUACGAGAGCCCAGGAUAACAGUGCUCCGUAUAGUAUUGACUGCAAUUACGGCAUCAUUUUUAGGUCUAGUAUUUGGCAAUCUUGAGAUUAGUAAUAAAAACAUGCAAAACAUUAACGGUGCCAUAUUUAUGAUCAUCGAUUUGGUGAACUACCUGAGCGUUUUUGGUGUAAUGCAU